CAGAUUUAUCAUCCCACACUGUCAAAACCCGAACAUUAUCGUUUAGAAUAGAAUAGAAUCUACAAAAAAAAAAGACACUGCCUUUGCCAUUGUUGUUUGUAGCAGAACUAGGAACGUAACCCACGUUGUAACCAAAUAUCAAACUAUUUAUCUCUCUGUUUCUUUUUUUGUCGUGAUGACGCGUUUUAAUGGCGGCUAAACCUUCAAAUCUUCUUCUUCUUAGUUCUCUUUUUAUCUUAACAUAAAAUUAUAAACAACAUUCUCUUCCUUUACUUUCCAUUUAUUUGUUGUUUGUUUAUAACUUUAACCAAUCCCUCCAAAUGCUUUUCUUGUUCUUUCUCUUCUCUGUCGCUCUCUCUUUCUUAUUCUUAUUCUUAUUCUUUUCAUUUUACUAUAAAAAACUCCAUAAACAACAACAACAACAAGAAGGAAAGUCCCAGAAUGAACCGGCCCUUUUGAACCAGUCUCUCUCCGAUAUUGUUGAUAAAAAAUCCCGAACCCGGGAACACGACCCGACCCAUUUGCUCUAUUCGUUUCUUCUAGAGAUCUUGCCUUCUGAUUCUGCAAAAUGGGCUGGUUUGUUUACAGGUGAAAACCAAUCCAGGGAAGAUACGGGUCAAGUCGGGUCGGGUCGAGAAGGGGAACUGUGUGAAUCAGGUGGUGAGGACCAGAGGACAAAGAAGAAGAAGAAAAGAGGGAAGAAGAAGAGAUUGGAUUCCAAAGGUGAAGAAGCAAAUGGGGAAGAAAGGUGUAGUUUUAGUCAGGAAGAAGAAAAGAAGAAGAAAAGGGAAGAAUCGGGAGAACGCAAGCCGGAGCUGGUUUGCUUGUACCCGUUUACAUCAACGAGUAGUGCAACGCAAAGGAAGAUCAAGCAACAAUAUGAUCAGCUUGUUAAGUGUCAUGAAAACAAAGGAUUAACAUUGGUGCAGGUUGGAGAAUUUGCUAAUUGCUUGAUUGAGGCCAAAAAUGAGCUGCAGCACAAGUCUGAGGUCAUCAAACGUAAGUUUACGAUAACAAAGGCUCUACUAUUCAAAGCAGAUCGAUCUUCAUUUGAUCGCCUGAGGCAGCAGAUAUACAAGCUAGAAAUGGAACAGAAGAGAUUAGAAGAGGAUUCAUUUGUCUAUAAUUUGCUCCAACAGCAACUUAAACUAUCACCAGCAUAUAAGAAGAUGCUUGAAAUUGGUGCUUGCAUGGAGUUAGAGACUAAGUCUGGUGAGCUGAUGGAAGGCACAGAUACUGAAUUUGCUGACAUUUCUUUUGAAGAGUUAUUAGCUCAGGAAAAGAAAGAUUCAUUUUGGCAGAAAAAUGGGAAGUCAAGAUUAAGCUCAAACUGAUGACAAUAUUUUUUUCGCUAGCCGUAUUCCAGAACCACACCACUUUUUGUAGUUCUCCAAUGGAAGCUAUUCAACCCUAAAAAUGGUAGAAAUCUGAUUAUUUCACCAUGUUCGGCUGAAUUCUGGCCCUCUGCUAGCAUUGAACACUACCUUCCAAGAUCUACCAGGGGCAUGCGCUGCAAAUCUUUAUAUUUCCCUGAUGUUUGUUGUGCUAUACUUGAUCUUGUCAAGGAGUUGUUGAGAUUUGAGUAGCUUAUUCUAUUGCUAAAACAUCUGCUUCCAGAUGAAGCCUACGAAUAGAAGAGGUGGUGUUAUUGUAGAUUUUAACAAACUUGAAAAUAUUACUGUUGAAUAUGAAGAAGAUUAGUAUUUAACAGAGUUGAUAAUUGCAUUUAAAAUUGAAGAGAAAUUAUUUCAUGCACUUUUAAUUAGAUGAUUGGCUAAGAGUUAAGCAUUUUAUCCUGGUUUCUAGAUUUGUUGGCACCACCUGUUAUUCAUCUUUUCCUUUGGAUGCUCUAUGCAAGCAGAAAAAUGGGAAAUCAAUAUUAAGCUUUAUUAUUUCUUUUGCCAUAUAUUUUUUUAAAUUAUUUUUGAAUUGUAAAAAUUGUUUCAAACAAAAUUUUUUACUGAAUAAUCUUUAAUUGCUCCAAAAUAUGAAGUAUGAUGGUAAAUUUACGAGGAUAAAACUAUAUAAAUUGAAAGAUUUAUUAUAAAUUUGAACCACUUAUACAUAAAUAUGGUGAUAAAUUUACAUCUUAUCUUAUGAUAUUAUCGAUGUUUAUGUUUAUUUAGUUCAAUUAGGAAAUGAGUCCAUUCUUUGAAUUUAAGAAUUCAGUAUUGUAUCGGUAGUUUACAUGUUAGUUAAAGUAGAAAUUUACAUUUGUUGGAAUUAAACAUUCCAAAGUAUGAGGAUCUUAUGACAUUUGUUUCUAUGGAUCUCUAGUUUGUAUUAAAGCAAAUCAGAAUAUUGAUCUUCAAUCACCGAUGCAGCAUAGGAUAAGCAGUCUCUGCUCCUGCUGGUUAUGAAUAUUCAAAACGACGAAGCAACUUGUGAAUCAGAUAUGAUCCCAACUUAGACUGUAACAUCUUCAAAAGCUAUUGAUCAGUGGAGCAAAUGGCGGAGCAGUUUUGCUCCUAAGUUUGUGAUUUGCCACUCAUGUAACAUGGAAUAUUGAUCCAUCAUGCCUGACAAUAGCCUUCCUCUGGAAAAAUUAGUGUAAUCUUGGCAGUUUUGUAGCGACAGCAAUGCUCAUAAAGACAAACUAAACCAGGAAACCGAAGUUAUUAGCUGGAGAAAACUGCCGCAGACUCUCGACAGGGAAAAAAGGAACAAAGGUCAGCUUGAAAGAAUUGAUAUAUUCGACCGGACAAAGCAAAUUUUCAUAUAGCAUUAACUAACAAGGAAAAACAAUCAUGUAAGGCCCUCCAU